UGGCCGGGAUGGUCUGGAUCUCCUAACCUAGUGAUCUGCCUGCCUUGGCCUACCAAACUGCUGGAACUACGGGCAUAAGCCACCAUGCCAAGCCAAGCCUUUAGUAUUAUAGAAGAGCAUGUAUGAUACAGUAUUUCACAGAUCUGAUUUGGGAUAUUAUCUUGUGUAAAGCCAUGGGGUUGUAAUGUCUGCAAAGCUUACUUUCGGGAAUUAAAAAUUUUUCCAUCAAGUGAUAGAAACUUCCUUUAAGCUAUUAAAAGUUAUAGGAAAGGUCUUAUCCCUGGACCUGAACCCAGGUGCACAUCUGGAUUGAAACAUGCCAGGCUCAGAAGAUCUUCGUAAAGGCAAGGACCAGACGCGUUCACACAGGAAACGAACCAUGUUCACUAAGAAGCAACUGGAAGAUCUGAACAUCUUGUUCAAUGAGAACCCAUACCCAAACCCCAGCCUUCAGAAAGAAAUGGCCUCAAAAAUAGACAUACACCCAACAGUACUGCAGGUCUGGUUCAAGAAUCGCAGAGCAAUUAAGAAAGCCAAAAGCAAGCCUAUUCAUCAAAAACAAGAACCUCCACAACCGCCAGUACCAGAGGGUGAGGUUACCACCAGAGUCAGCCUGAGAAACGCAGACACACUACCCAGAUUGCCCAGUGCUGCUCACCCGAUCGGCCUGGUGUACACGGGUCAACGAGUCCCCUCAUUCCAGCUCAUCCUGUACCCCAGCCUCAAGGUCCCUGCCGAUGACUUCGUUGGCCACAGAAUAGUCCAUUUUGGCUGCUGCCAGGAUCCUAACAUAUAUUGCCUCUACCCCAUUUUGGAAUCCCAAGUUUGCGCUCCAAGCUUCCAUGCUGGGUCUUCUGCCUGUUCAUCUCUCCAAAGUCGAGAGAGAUGAUAAAUACAAAAAAAAUAGAUGAUAAUUACAACACGUUAAAAAAAAAAAAAAAAAGUUAUAGGAAAGGAAGUCAUUUUCAUAUAAUCUGGAAUAGUGGCUAUGCUAUUUUGUAUGCAUUACAAAAAAUUUUAAAAAUGCUGUUUGCUUUUAAACAAAGCAGACUUUAAAAAGUAACGUUACUGUUAAUGAUUUAAUAGAGGGUACACAGGGUUAAUCUGUAUUUAUAGUCUGAUCUUUUUUUUUUUUUUUUUUUUUU